GGCAGGGACUAAAGCCGACAGAACUGUAUGUGGGCAGUGCUAUAUUGAGAACGGAGUACAGUACAUGUGUGUUAGACCAGGGGGUACGGCAAAAUCUCAACAGGGAAAUCAUGGCGUCCAUGUCCGUGAAAAUAUCGCGUUUACUUGGAUGUAAGGGACAUUUUCAGAAGCUGGUCAUUAGCAGCAACGCCGUGGACUCACACUGUAGAUCUUGGAAGUACUGCGACAGCACUCAGCAGUCUAGAAGAUCUAGUUCGUGGGUUUGGAGGUUUCCUGCGUCCAAUGUGUCAAACGGGAUGAAGCAGAACUUGGCGAACCAAAGCGGGACCCAGAGAACGGCAGCAAUGUGCACCAGUUCUGAUGGCGAUCGCGAUAUGACCGACUGGCUUUGGUCUGUUUAUACUGAAACCAAAAAACAGACUGAAGAUUUGAUCCCAGUAAUAUCGAGUAACUCUGUGAACCCUGACUCAGUCUUUGCCAACAACGAGAUAAGCCUCCAAGACAUUGAGAUCUACGGAUUUGAUUAUGACUACACCCUGGCUUUCUACUCGAAUCAUUUACACACCCUGAUCUUCAACGUUGCCAGAGACAUCCUCAUUCAGGAGCACAGGUACCCUGAGGGGCUAGGGGAAUAUGAAUAUAUCCCUGAUUUUGUCAUCCGGGGACUGCACUAUGAUGUUCAGAAGGCUUUAUUGAUGAAGAUUGAUGCAUUUCACUAUAUUCAGUUGGGAACAGUGUACAGGGGCCUUCACCCAGUGCCAGAUAAGGAAGUUAUGGCCUUGUAUGAGGGGUCCCAUGUGCCCCUGGAGAUCAUGAGUGACUUCUACGGCAAGAGCUCCCAUGGCCUCACCAUGAAGCAGUUCAUGGACAUCUUCUCCUUGCCGGAGAUGACCCUGCUGUCCUGCGUUAAUGACUACUUCAUGAAGCACAACAUUGACUACGAGCCUGUCCAUCUCUAUAAGGACGUUAAGGCAGCCAUAGGAGACGUGCACAGAAAGGGCAGCCUGUAUCGAGCUGUGGAGGCCGACAUCGAGAAGUACAUCUGUUAUGGUGAACAGACACACGCAGUGCUGAAAAAGCUGUCGGAGAACGGAAAGAAGAUGUUCCUCAUCACCAAUAGCCCCUUUGACUUUGUAGAUCGGGGAAUGAAAUUCAUGGUGGGUAAGGACUGGAGGGACCUUUUCGAUGUGGUCAUUGUGCACGCUGACAAGCCUGGGUUCUUCAAUGACAGGAGAAAGCCCUUCAGACGGCUGGCAGAUAACGGGGUGUUGCUGUGGGACAGGAUUCAUCAUCUGGAGAAAGGACAGAUCUACAAGCAGGGCAACCUGUAUGAGUUUCUGCGGCUGACCGGCUGGAGAGGGUCUAAAGUGCUGUACUUUGGAGAUCACAUCUACAGUGACCUGGCUGACCUGACGCUGAAGCACGGCUGGCGGACGGGGGCCAUCGUCCCGGAGCUGAGGAAGGAGAUUAAGAUCAUGAACACGGAGGAGUACGUGCACACCAUGACCUGGCUGCAGAGCCUGACCAGCCUGGUGGAGCACAUGCAGGUUCACAGAGAUCCGGCCUGUCAAGCAGUUGUCCAGGAAUGGAUCAAGGAGCGGGAGGAAAUUAGGUCACGGACAAGGACCAUCUUCCACUCCCAGUUUGGGAGUCUCUUCCGCUCCUACCACAACCCCACCUACUUCUCCCGCCGGCUCUCGCGGUUCGCCGACAUGUACAUGGCGUCGCUGAGCUGCCUGCUGCGCUACGACCUGCACCACACCUUCUUCCCACGCCGCACCCCCCUGCAGCACGAACUGCCCUUCUGGCCCGAGCAGACCAGCGCCGGCGCCAUGAACAUCCCGUUCCGAGCCGCCGCGUUGCCGGCCGAACCCGAGUAGGAGGGCGGGGCCGCGAGCAUCUCGGCUGAAGAGGGUCUGGGCUGAAGAGGGUCCGUGGGGUAUGCCGGAGCUCUGUACAUGCGUACGCUGAAUGUGCUCUUUGCGCAGUUGGGCAGGUUGCCUGGACUGUUCCUUUGUGUCUGGCCAAACAUUUAUUCAGGUGUGAUAUUUACCUGUAUAUUUAGGUGUUAAAGGGGAAACCGUAUAAAACACUUUUUAAUGUCCCUGUAUAUUAGUUUUGUUAAAAAAUAUAUCCGCACUUUACAUACUGCUGUCAUUUGAAGGCAAAGCAUUAAUCAUUUGCCAAAAACAAAACAAAUAUUGGGGCUUUAAUGUUGCUAUUUUGUAUAUCCUCAAAAGCGGCUUGGGGAAUAACGCACAGGUAUAUUCAGGAGUAGUUUAUUAGACUGGUGAAGUAUGAACAUGCUGGAACUACAUGGAUGUGCUCUGUCCAUGUGUUGGCCUUAUUUUCAGAGCUCACAGAAAGAAGAGCAGUAAUGUAUUUAAAGCAGUAAUAUGACUUCUGUGUUUAAAGGGUCUGGUGCAGUCAGGGUUUUAAAAAUGUGACUUAAUGCCUGAGGCUUGUGUCACGCUGUAUAGCCGCAGUAUAAAGUGGCUUCUCAGUCCUCUGUGUUACUGGUGCACAGUGCUGUUCUGUGUAGUAGUCCAUAGGCCUGUGUACUCCCACUGUGAGUGAGGAAAGAUGGGGUCCUUAAAAUGAGGUAUUAGGAAUUGGACUUGAAGGCAGGAGGAUCUGUGCAAAAUUGUUUCAGUGUUUUGCCUUAGGCUGGGCGCAGUGCAUGUUUAGCCAAAGCUUUGGCAAUACGCUGCUCUCUUUACAUCCGCUCUGAUAUGGCUCACUUCAUCCAUUUCUGCCUGAGGAACAAUUCUACACUUGUAUGCAUAGACAAAAAUGAAGAAUUACAAGGUAGUACUGUAUUGGGGAGAGGUUUGAUACUGCAUGGCUGUGGUGGUGUAGCGUAGAUUUACCUGAAUGUAUUUUUCUCUUACUCCAUACUCCCCUUCCUUCCUUGGUAAUGACUCCAUUUCACAUUAAGACCCGAUAAGAUGGCUGUAUUUUUCCUGAAGAACAUAUUUUUCGCUCCACUUUAGCACUUUGUUGUUGUGAUAUUUAUAUUAUAUAUUUGCAUAUUAUAUUUAUCGCCUCAUCAAAAUAAAUAUGGCACUUGAUGUAUAAUAGUUUUAUAGUUUUUGUUAUGAAGUAUUGUGGAUUUGGGCUAUGGAAUUUUACACGUUAUUUUUUAAGCCGCUGAUAUGGAUUUGAAAUGUAGUUUGUAUUUUUUAGGAAUGGAACCAAAAGAGAGAGGAGCAUACCUGGAAAUGCCUGUAUUAUUAAGAACAGUGUGACACGGUGCUGCUGAAAUUAUGCAUACUGGGUGAAAUCAUUGUGAGGUUUUUUCUUCAGGGCAUGAAAGGGAAAUACUGAUGUGCUGGAUUUACAGUAGGUCUAAGUCCUGAACUGUCGAUCAGAGUUAUGUUUGUGUGUGAAAUGCAGUGGAGAGGUUCACUCACUGUGCUGCUUAAAGUCUUUCGUUUUACCUUUUUGGUGUAUGCUACAAGUAUUUAUUAGAGAUGGCUGAUGCCCCUUGCUUGCAUCUUUUCCCGUGUUUGUUUACAGAGGUGCUUCAUGAUUCAUGAACAUGGGGGUAACCGUUUCUCAUUCUGUUUGUAAAAUGAGAUUUGCCCACUAGAUGGCAGCAUCAUAACUGCACAAAUAGAGAAGUUCAGAAAUAGAGAAGUUAUCACCUCUGGAUAUGGAUGGUCCAGGUCAUGAAUGUUUCAUUAUAUUAAAAUGGCUUCUUCUCGCUACCAUUUGUUUUUAUGCCAUGAAUUGAUUCAUAUUUUUUAUGCCAUGAAUUGAUUCAUUGAUUCAUAUUUUCCCACACCUCUUGCCACCAAAAAUGUUUUUCCUGUCGUCUGAAUCAGGAGAAAUUCAUGUACUUAAUGUAUUCAAAUUAAAUGUUACCUUUCAGAAACCUUGGCUUUGAGUUUAAUGUAAAUUCAAUGGCUGAAAUUGAUUUGUACAAAAUCAUUGUACAAUAAAUAACAUUUAAGUCCCUUCCCCUCUCCCUUGCACAACUGAUCCUCUUGACAGAAAAAGACAACUAUAGUUUGAAGAAAUGUAAACAAGGAAAGCACACGAAAGCAAUAACCGAAAAACAAAACUAUGAAAAACGAGAGCGCUCCGUUCACUUUGUGUAAGUGCUCUGCGUAUUCCAGUCCACUCGAGCGGGCUGAAGACUCUUGAGAGAUUAUGUAUAUACUCGGAAUGGUCAAAGAUCUCUCAAAAUAUGUUCACAAAUCUCGUGAAACUAAAGAAGAACUGUAGCGUUAUCUUAACAGAGGGUGCAGAAAGUACUGAGAACAUGACUGUUACUUAGGAAAUAAAAUCAAUCCCGAUUGUCUUAAACUGUCAAAAAGAAAGCUCCACUGCAGAUUAUUAAAUAUUUUCUGCAUCCAGGGAUCCUACUGGUUAAGGUGAGGUUGACUGACUGGGAAACAAAAAUGUCAGAUGAUAUACACUCAGAAAAAAAUAUACAAUGCUUAUCACUGGGGUGAUAUGCAUACAGUUGUACCCCUUGCUAUGGGAUUAAGAAUUAAUGUGCAUUAGUUUUUUGUUGGUAACUAAUAUGUACUAAUUUGUACCAAAAUAUAUAUAUUGUUUCAGACUACAUUUAGGAAAUUUGAUCCCGUACUUUAUUUCUGAAAGUAAAAUGGAUGACUUAUAGCUUACACAAAUUUUUACCAUCAACAUUGAGGAGUGAGAUUGUUUGCUCAUAUUCAUAAGUAAAAUGAUCUUUUUGGUUAAAUUGAGGCCAUUUGUAUAUUGCCAAGAGCAAGAGGGAAAGUUCACGUGUAAACAUUUUAAAUAAUUCCACACAGAACCCAUCUGGCCUGGGUGAUUUUCCCGACUCCAGACAUUUAAUGGCUUCCUGAACGUCCUCUACCACCAGUACUAGUAGGUUAUGCAGUCUAGACCUUUGAAAGUCAUCAAUUUGGAGAAUUCAAGUCUUCUUGUAAUGGAGUUGUAAGGUCAUUUUUGUGGAUACAAAAGUGCGAUAUUCAAAUCCACAAGUUGGUCGAACGAUAAUGAGGGCUCGGAAUGUAUGCAUACACAGCAUUUCUCGAGUUACUCAAUUCUUUUUUUCUUGAGUGGUUGUAGUGUUCUCAGUUAUGUCAUGAGAAUAGCAUGGGAAUUUUCUUUCAGGCUUCUGUUGGCAAGAAGCCUGUUUUUAUGGCAAAUACUACAAAGAAAGCCAAUGUGUAAAAAAUAAAAAAGUAAAACAAAA